AUGCCGACAAGGCCGUCCUCAGCAUCAAGAGUGGUCUCAACCCCGAAACGCACAAACUCGACGCCUCGCCCGAGAACGCCCGGCGGAUACUGGACGCCUGCAUCGCGCAGCUCAAGGGCCGCAAGAAGAUCGACAUGUUCGAGUUCUGGCGUCAUCGACAAGGAGUACGUCCAGACCGGCAAGAUCGGAGGGAUUGUCCUGUCUGAGGUGCGCGCCGAAACCAUCCACGAGGCUGUCAAGUAUACCAAGAUUAUGGGUGUCGAAGUGGAGCUUUCCAUAUUCACGCCUGAUAUCUUGGAUAAUGGCGUCGCAGCCGCCUGCGCCUAA